CCCCCGCCGCCCCCGCCGCGCCGCAGCGAUGACCCUGAGCGCGGAGAUGCCCGGCCCCGCGGAGGACACCGACAUCGACGUGGUGGGGGAGGGCGGGGCUGGCGGCGACGACGACGAGGACGGCGAGGGCAGCGGCGCCGAGGCCCCCCCGGGGCCCGGGCGGCGGCGGCGGCGCUCCUACGGCGGGGAGGACGAGCUGGACGACGAGGACGACGACGACGACGACGCGCCCCUGGCCGCGCGCCCCGCGCCCCCCGCGGCCCCCGCGACCCCGGGCCCGGCGACGACGGCGGGGGCGGCGGGCGCGGCGGGCGCGGCGGGCGCGGGGGGCGCGGCGGCGCGGAGCCCGCUGGUGAAGCCGCCCUACUCGUACAUCGCGCUCAUCACCAUGGCCAUCCUGCAGAGCCCCAAGAAGCGGCUGACGCUGAGCGAGAUCUGCGAGUUCAUCAGCGGCCGCUUCCCCUACUACCGGGAGAAGUUCCCCGCCUGGCAGAACAGCAUCCGCCACAACCUGUCGCUCAACGACUGCUUCGUCAAGGUGCCGCGCGAGCCGGGCAACCCGGGCAAGGGCAACUACUGGACGCUGGACCCCGAGUCGGCCGACAUGUUCGACAACGGCAGCUUCCUGCGGCGGAGGAAGCGCUUCAAGCGGCAGCCGCUGCUCCCGCCCCACGAGGCGCUGCUGCUGCGCGGGGCGGCGGGCGCGGGCGCGGGCGCGGCGGGCGCGGGGCCGGGGCCGGGGGCCGGGGCCGGGGCCGCCCUCUUCCCGCCCGCGCCGCCGCCGCCGCCGCCGCCGCCGCCGCCCUGCGGCUACGGGCCCUACGGCUGCGGCUUCGGCCUGCAGCUGCCGCCCUACGCGCCGCCCGCCGCGCUCUUCGCCGCCUUCCACCCGCACUCGCCGCCGCCGCCCCGCGCGCCCGCCUUCGGGUACCGGCCGCACCCGCUGGGCGCCGCCCUGCCCGCCCCGCUGCGGGCCCCGGCCGCCAAGGCGCUGGCGCGCUCGCCCUUCUCCAUCGAGAGCAUCAUCGGCCGCAGCCUGGGCCCGGCCGCCGCGCAAGCCGUGCAGGCCUCGCCCGCGCCGGGACCCGCACCCGCACCCGCGCCCGCACCCGCGCCCGCACCCGCGCCCGCGCCCGGCGGCGCCCAGGCUGCGGGGGGCCCUGCCGCCGCGCUCACCCGCUCGCUCGCGGCCGCCGCAGCCUCCUCCGUGUCCUCGUCCGCCGCCCUGGGGACCCUGCACCCGGCCGCGGCCCUGCCCGGCGGCGACAGCUUGACCGCCCGCGUCUCUAACUGUUAAGGCCGCCCGGUUAGGGCGCUCGGCAGCCCGCAGGUUAACCUGAAGAAUAAAUCUGACUUUCCAUUGAUUUGAAGUGAUGGUGAAAUGUUGUAAAG